AUGCUGGCCACGAUGGGCUACAUCACGCCCGAAGUCGCCGGCAAGUUCCCCGGGAUGCUCAGUCCGUCCAAGGGCAUCGCCUUCGAAGACGUCCCGAACGGCCUGGCCGCCCUGUCCAAGGUGCCUCAAGAGGGUUGGCUGCAGAUGAUUGCCUACUGCUGGUUCUGCGAGCGGUCUGCGAGCGUGAACGGCUCCGCGACAGAGAAGGGAAAGUACGUGGCGUUCGGCGAGAAGACGCCGGGCGACGUGGGCUGGAAGCCGCCUCUGCUCUCUGGCUUCCAGGGCGAGGCGAAGACGAAGAAGCUGAACGCGGAGAUCGCCAACGGAAGGCUGGCGAUGAUGGCGAUCAUCGGCAUGUUCUAUCAAGACGGCCUGACCGGCAGUGCCUGGGGCGACUGGGCCAGCUACACGGACUCGCCGCUGCGCGCCUUCGAGAGCGAGCUGGGCGUGCAGGCACCCUUGGGCUUCUGGGACCCCAUCGGCUUCACGAAGGACGGCGAUGCCGAGAAGUUCAGGAGGCGCCGCUCUACUGAGAUCAAGCAUGGCCGCAUCAGCAUGCUGGCCACGAUGGGCUACAUCACGCCCGAGGUCGCGGGCAAGUUCCCCGGGAUGCUCAGUCCGUCUAAGGGCAUCGCCUUCGAAGACGUCCCGAACGGCCUGGCCGCCUUGUCCAAGGUGCCUCAAGAGGGUUGGUUGCAGAUGAUCGCCUACUGCUGGUUCUGCGAGCGGUCUGCGAGCGUGAACGGCUCCGCGACAGAGAAGGGAAAGUACGUGGCGUUCGGCGAGAAGACGCCGGGCGACGUGGGCUGGAAGCCGCCUCUGCUCUCUGGCUUCCAGGGCGAGGCGAAGACGAAGAAGCUGAACGCGGAGAUCGCCAACGGAAGGCUGGCGAUGAUGGCGAUCAUCGGCAUGUUCUAUCAAGACGGCCUGACCGGCAGUGCCUGGGGCGACUGGGCCAGCUACACGGACUCGCCGCUGCGCGCCUUCGAGAGCGAGCUGGGCGUGCAGGCACCCUUGGGCUUCUGGGACCCCAUCGGCUUCACGAAGGACGGCGAUGCCGAGAAGUUCAGGAGGCGCCGCUCUACUGAGAUCAAGCAUGGCCGCAUCAGCAUGCUGGCCACGAUGGGCUACAUCACGCCCGAGGUCGCGGGCAAGUUCCCCGGGAUGCUCAGUCCGUCUAAGGGCAUCGCCUUCGAAGACGUCCCGAACGGCCUGGCCGCCUUGUCCAAGGUGCCUCAAGAGGGUUGGUUGCAGAUGAUCGCCUACUGCUGGUUCUGCGAGCGGUCUGCGAGCGUGAACGGCUCCGCGACAGAGAAGGGAAAGUACGUGGCGUUCGGCGAGAAGACGCCGGGCGACGUGGGCUGGAAGCCGCCUCUGCUCUCUGGCUUCCAGGGCGAGGCGAAGACGAAGAAGCUGAACGCGGAGAUCGCCAACGGAAGGCUGGCGAUGAUGGCGAUCAUCGGCAUGUUCUAUCAAGACGGCCUGACCGGCAGUGCCUGGGGCGACUGGGCCAGCUACACGGACUCGCCGCUGCGCGCCUUCGAGAGCGAGCUGGGCGUGCAGGCACCCUUGGGCUUCUGGGACCCCAUCGGCUUCACGAAGGACGGCGAUGCCGAGAAGUUCAGGAGGCGCCGCUCUACUGAGAUCAAGCAUGGCCGCAUCAGCAUGCUGGCCACGAUGGGCUACAUCACGCCCGAGGUCGCGGGCAAGUUCCCCGGGAUGCUCAGUCCGUCUAAGGGCAUCGCCUUCGAAGACGUCCCGAACGGCCUGGCCGCCUUGUCCAAGGUGCCUCAAGAGGGUUGGUUGCAGAUGAUCGCCUACUGCUGGUUCUGCGAGCGGUCUGCAAGCGUGAACGGCUCCGCGACAGAGAAGGGAAAGUACGUGGCGUUCGGCGAGAAGACGCCCGGCGACGUGGGCUGGAAGCCGCCUCUGCUCUCUGGCUUCCAGGGCGAGGCGAAGACGAAGAAGCUGAACGCGGAGAUCGCCAACGGUAGGCUGGCGAUGAUGGCGAUCAUCGGCAUGUUCUAUCAAGACGGCCUGACCGGCAGUGCCUGGGGCGACUGGGCCAGCUACACGGACUCGCCGCUGCGCGCCUUCGAGAGCGAGCUGGGCGUGCAGGCACCCUUGGGCUUCUGGGACCCCAUCGGCUUCACGAAGGACGGCGAUGCCGAGAAGUUCAGGAGGCGCCGCUCUACUGAGAUCAAGCAUGGCCGCAUCAGCAUGCUGGCCACGAUGGGCUACAUCACGCCCGAGGUCGCGGGCAAGUUCCCCGGGAUGCUCAGUCCGUCUAAGGGCAUCGCCUUCGAAGACGUCCCGAACGGCCUGGCCGCCCUGUCCAAGGUGCCUCAAGAGGGUUGGUUGCAGAUGAUCGCCUACUGCUGGUUCUGCGAGCGGUCUGCGAGCGUGAACGGCUCCGCGACAGAGAAGGGAAAGUACGUGGCGUUCGGCGAGAAGACGCCUGGCGACGUGGGCUGGAAGCCGCCUCUGCUCUCUGGCUUCCAGGGCGAGGCGAAGACGAAGAAGCUGAACGCGGAGAUCGCCAACGGAAGGCUGGCGAUGAUGGCGAUCAUCGGCAUGUUCUAUCAAGACGGCCUGACCGGCAGUGCCUGGGGCGACUGGGCCAGCUACACGGACUCGCCGCUGCGCGCCUUCGAGAGCGAGCUGGGCGUGCAGGCACCCUUGGGCUUCUGGGACCCCAUCGGCUUCACGAAGGACGGCGAUGCCGAGAAGUUCAGGAGGCGCCGCUCUACUGAGAUCAAGCAUGGCCGCAUCAGCAUGCUGGCCACGAUGGGCUACAUCACGCCCGAGGUCGCGGGCAAGUUCCCCGGGAUGCUCAGUCCGUCUAAGGGCAUCGCCUUCGAAGACGUCCCGAACGGCCUGGCCGCCUUGUCCAAGGUGCCUCAAGAGGGUUGGUUGCAGAUGAUCGCCUACUGCUGGUUCUGCGAGCGGUCUGCGAGCGUGAACGGCUCCGCGACAGAGAAGGGAAAGUACGUGGCGUUCGGCGAGAAGACGCCCGGCGACGUGGGCUGGAAGCCGCCUCUGCUCUCUGGCUUCCAGGGCGAGGCGAAGACAAAGAAGUUGAACGCGGAGAUCGCCAACGGAAGGCUGGCGAUGAUGGCGAUCAUCGGCAUGUUCUAUCAAGACGGCCUGACCGGCAGUGCCUGGGGCGACUGGGCCAGCUACACGGACUCGCCGCUGCGCGCCUUCGAGAGCGAGCUGGGCGUGCAGGCACCCUUGGGCUUCUGGGAUCCCAUCGGCUUCACGAAGGACGGCGAUGCCGAGAAGUUCAGGAGGCGCCGCUCUACUGAGAUCAAGCAUGGCCGCAUCAGCAUGCUGGCCACGAUGGGCUACAUCACGCCCGAGGUCGCGGGCAAGUUCCCCGGGAUGCUCAGUCCGUCUAAGGGCAUCGCCUUCGAAGACGUCCCGAACGGCCUGGCCGCCCUGUCCAAGGUGCCUCAAGAGGGUUGGUUGCAGAUGAUCGCCUACUGCUGGUUCUGCGAGCGGUCUGCGAGCGUGAACGGCUCCGCGACAGAGAAGGGGAAGUACGUGGCGUUCGGCGAGAAGACGCCCGGCGACGUGGGCUGGAAGCCGCCUCUGCUCUCUGGCUUCCAGGGCGAGGCGAAGACGAAGAAGCUGAACGCGGAGAUCGCCAACGGAAGGCUGGCGAUGAUGGCGAUCAUCGGCAUGUUCUAUCAAGACGGCCUGACCGGCAGUGCCUGGGGCGACUGGGCCAGCUACACGGACUCGCCUCUUCGGUAG